GCGGCGGGUUUUUUGUUUGUUCGUCAAGGUCAUCGGCCUUCAAAAAUGUCAUUUCUGAAAAACUGUCGUGUUUUACUAAAGAGUGCAAACUCGGAUAUACUACAGUCGCCUCAACACUACAAUGUUAUAUUGGAAAAUCGAUUUGUGAGAGGUGCUUUAUUAUUUGAUUCAGGGGCUGUCGCACAUAUCAGUUCUUAUGAAUUCGACUUUCGAAAGUGCCAAUAUACGAAAGCUGUUGACGCUUAUGCAUGCCUAGGCGUAUUAGUUCCCAUGAUAUCACCUACUUCUGACUCGAGCAUUAUGGCGCCACAGUCUUAUCUUGUAUUGGUUACUGGAUGUACUUCUGUGGGCAAGUUGCCGCUCUUUGAGGUUUUUCGCAUCACCAACGUGAUAUUCAUCAAUCUGAAGUGUCAAGGAGUUGAAGAAGACAUAUACCCUGAUCUCCGAAAACUACUGUCAUCGGGAAUGUUUUACUUUGCCCGAUCCAAUAUUGAUGGGAAACCAUUUGAUUUAACUGUUAACAUUCAGAAUCGAAGUCGUUUGGGUGAUGAAAUUUUGACUUCCAGUGAUAUAUACACUCGGGGUGAUACUGGACUAAAUUUUCUGUGGAACAAAGGUUUGAUGGGACCUUUGAUACGAGCUGGAAUCAAUCCUAGUGAUUGGUUGGUAUCCAUAAUAUGUGGUGGAUUCGAGGUUUGUACAGUUUAUUGCAGCGCUGGUCAAGCUCGAGUUGGUGUCGUAUCAAGAGUGUCAGCUCAAAGACCUGGUACACGUUUUCAUGUACGCGGGAUAAAUGAUUGUGGCGAUGUUGCUAAUUUUGUUGAAACAGAACAGUUUAUCUAUUUAGGUGACUCAGUCAGUAGUUAUAUUCAAGUUCGUGGUACAGUUCCAUUAUUUUGGGAGCAACCAGGUUUACAAGUUGGUUCACAUAAAAUUUCACUUAGUCGACCGUUAGAAAUAUCAAUGAGUGCAUUCGAACGUCAUUUUAUGAAUUUAAUAUCACAAUAUGGAUCAGUUGGUGUUGUUAAUUUGUUAGGUUGUAAACAAGGCGAAGCAAUGCUUAGUAAAGCCUAUCAGGAACAACAUAGAAAAUCGUCUUUUCGAAAUACUAUCCACCAUAUUAUAUUUGAUUAUCAUUCGGAAUUACAAUCGAAAGGUGCAAAAAGUUUAGAAUGGAUAAAUCAACAGAUCAGUCGGUUAAUUGAUGAUUGGGGAUAUUUCUAUGCAAAUGGUCAACAGGUAGAAUUAUGUCAAACUGGAGUGCUUAGAAUAAAUUGUGUAGACUGUUUAGAUAGAACAAAUGCAAUUGAAACACUUGUCGGUGUUCAAAUAAUUCUUCCUAAAAUGUUAAUGAGCCUUGGUGUAAAUGUUAAAGAUCAACAUAAUGUGAUAAGUCGUUUUGUUGAUGGAAUAAAGCAGUUAUGGCAACAAAAUGGUGAUCAUGUAAGUCGUAUAUACGCCGGAACUGGUGCUUUAGGUAGUGGUCGGUCAAAACUACGUGAUGCUCAACGUACAGCUGUUCGAACGAUUCAGCAUAGUUUCUUCGAUAGUGCAAAACAAGAAGCUAUGCAUAUGUUGUUGUCCAAUUCCAGUUUACAAGGAUGGAUGAAACUUGUCGGAGAACAAUAUCUACCUAGACGAUUACUUCAUUCAACACCUAUACUGUUGACUAAUAUUUUACAUCGAUAUCCAGAAUUUAUUCAAAUUCACAAUCUACGCUUAUUUGUUGGUACAUGGAAUGUAAACGGUGGUAAACAUUUUCGUAGUGUUGCUCAUAAGCAUGAAUGUGUUACCGAUUGGUUGCUUGAUUUAGCACAAACUAUUAAUCAAAAAGUCAAUUGGGGUUAUAAAAGCCCUGAUUUUACUGAUUCAGAUGAAUUAAAUAAACCAAUGGAUGUAUUUGCUAUUGGUUUUGAAGAAAUUGUUGAUUUAACUACAUCAAAUAUUGUUGCCGGUUCCAAACCGUCAGCUAAUCAACGUGAUUGGGGUCAGUUCUUACAACGCCAUUUAAAUCGCGAUACUGAUGAACAAGAUUCCUAUCUACUAAUUACAUCAGUCCAAUUAGUAGGUGUAUGUUUAUUUUUAUUUGUUCGUAAACGUCUUGCUGGUUCACUUAGAAAUAUUGCCACUUCAUCAGUUAAAACUGGACUGGGUGGAACUGCAGGAAAUAAAGGGGCUGUAGCAAUACGAUUUCAAUUGGGUGCGACAUCAAUAUGCUUUGUUUGCAGCCAUUUUACAGCCGGUCAAUCCGCUGUUCGUGAACGUAAUGAUGAUUUUCAGGAGAUUUGUCGUCGUCUUAGUUUACCUAAUGGUCGUAAUAUUCUUAGUCAUGAUUAUGUAUUUUGGUGUGGAGACUUCAAUUAUCGUAUUAAUUUGUCAGGUAAUGAGGUCAAACGGUUAACUGCACAAUCUUCUUGGCUUGAUCUCCUACGUUAUGAUCAGUUGACAAUUGAGAAACUAGCUGGUAAUGUUUUUCGUGGUUUUGAAGAAGGCCCCGUCCGAUUUGCACCGACAUACAAAUAUGAUUUAUUUUGUGAUGACUAUGAUACAUCUGAGAAAGCACGUUCGCCUGCAUGGACUGAUCGUAUAUUAUGGCGUCGCGUAAAAUUGACAUUUCCUAAAACGGACGAAAAUGGCAUUGUUUGUAUGCAAAAUAAUUCUCCAAGUAUAAAAUGGAAUCCCGGUCGUUUGUUACUGUACAAUCGGGCGGAGUUGAAAACAAGUGACCAUCGACCCGUGGGAGCGAUAUUCAAUAUAGAAGUUCAUGUGAUUUCACGACAAUCUCGACGUAAAGUUAUUUCAGAUAUUACCGAAGAUUAUGGUCCAAUCAAUGCGACUGUUCAAGUUGAUUUAAAAAUUAUAGAAAGUAAUUCAAAACAGUUAUUAUCCGAAGAUGUUAAACCAUACUUAUUAAAUGAUACAGACUUCUUAGAAAGCCUAAAGUUGAUCGGAUCUUCAAGGGAUGGAACAAUUUUACUGUUACAUUUCCUAGAUCCUCUUACUAUACUAUUGAUUUAUGCCAAUUCUAAACAGGCGUCUAUCGCUGCGGCAUUUUUGGAUAAUUAUAUUAUACCAUGGGAUUCUUCAUCAAACGGACUACCUAAAAUAACUGGUGGUUAUGAAAUUCAUUUAUCCACUUCAUUAUACAAUUCUUCAAAUUGGUUAGAUCGUAUGCAAAGAUUGAUUGAGAUUUCAGAACGUGAAGAAUCUAAUAUAAAUGAUUGUCGAAUACCAGCUGAAAUUUUCAACGCAUUACCUUCAAUAAAGAAAUUAGAUAAACAACUACCUUCUAGAUUUGAUGGCAACAAUGAACAAACUUAUAAUAAUGAUGAUGAAGAUUUCGAAAAUGAUAUGACUAACUUAACUAUCAACCGGGCUGUUGAACCAUCACAACCUCGUAAUCGUCCACCGCCUCCUAGACCAGCUCCACCGUUAAUUAAACAAUCCGUGAAUAUUAGUAGUAGUAUUAGUAGUAAUUAUAGUAAAGAUGAAUUUGAUGAUUAUCCAACUAAUAAUAAUAAUUCAAUUGAUACAAAGAAAGUAAAUAUCUCUCAUCCUUUAUCACAAACUGAUAAUGAAAUUGAUUCCGAAUUUGAUAAAAUAUUUUCUAUUUCUCAUUCUCAAACUAAUUCACCUGUUCAUAAAUUUUCAUCGAAAUUAAAUACUACAAUUUCAAAUGAUUUAUUUACACCUUAUAAUGAUAGUAUUCAUAUGGUUAGCAGUUGUGUAGAUCUUAACUUUCAGGAUAAUUCAAUUUUACAACAUGAUCACAAUAAUAAAAAUCGUAUAUCAUCCACAACUGAUCUUAUUGGACUUGAAUUUGAAAAGACAAAUUCCACUGUCAUUAAUGAUACAACGUCGUCAUUUACUCAUUUGCUUGAUCCAGUUGUUGUUCCACCUCCGUUACCUCAAAGACCAGAAAAUGUUAGAUCAUCACAUUUAGAGCAAUAUUUUAAUCUUUCUCAGAUUCUUGUCAACUUUACAGAAAAAUAAAUAUGACAUAAUAGACGUUGUUUAUUCAACUAUAUCUGCACAUAUUUAAACGGUCCUAGUACCAGUUUAUUUUUUGUUAGAAAACAAACUAAUUUAUCAAUUAACAGAUUUUAUAAUGAAAACUUAUCUAAAGUUGUUAUUUUAUCCUCGUCAUAUUCAGUUCCUGAUGUGUUUUCUUUAAUUCAAAUAUUAAAUUACCGUAUCUAAUAAUGUUCACUGAAUAUUUUCUAAAAGUUUAUAUUUCGAUUUAUUGUCUAACGGUAGUAUGUAAACAUAAUUUUCAAUUAGAAAUGGUUUUACAAAAGAAAUGGAGCUUUUGUACUGACUGACAAUAAAAAUAAAUAUCUACACAAAAUAAGGGUUUCAAUAAAUAAUCAAGAUCAAGGUUAACAGAAUGAACUGUUCAUCAUAUAUGGCGAAAUUCGAGUAACUCACUUUUAUCUAAUAUUUGUUCUGAUAAUGUCCAAAAAGAGAAUGAAUUCUGCUCAAUUAAGCCGCCAUGCUCACAUAUUGAAACUUCGGCAAAAUCGCUAUUCAUAUCAUUAAACAUAUCGCUUACAUCUAUUAUACACAAUCGUCAAAACUUGUUCGACGCUGAGAUUACAUAUGUACUUUUUUAGUAAUUGGAAAGCCUCAUAGUUUCCCAUUAUUGAUAUUCAAAAAUGAAUAAUAAUGGUUAUUAUAGCUCUAUUUAGCUCUAUGAAUUUUGGUACAAUGAAAAAAUCUCAACACCAACUAUAUAAUAUUACAUUACAUAUCUCUGUAACAUAUAUCGAAACUGUUAUUAUUUAUAACAUAUUCCGAAAAUGUUUAUAACAGUCAGUAUCUUUCACCUGUAUCCAGUUACUAAAAUUUUCUACCAGUUCAUUUGCUACAACUGUUUCCACGACUUUCGAUAUAUUUGUAUCUCGUUUUGUUGAUAGAUAGAAAGUAGUCAAGAUCGAGAUCAAUUGAUGAUCCUUUUACUCUUGUAUAUUCUUCACAAAACGGUUCAUCUACAACCAUGAACCAUGACAAGGAUGCCGCACUUAUAAAUUUUGAACCCAUCUCUCCGACACGGGUCGCCCCACAAACGCCUUCAAGACAAAUACCACCUCCGUUACCACCUCGUCUAAAAACUGAAGCAGAAUAAUUUCACAAUCUAAACGCAGAAAUUGGUUAAUCCGAUGACUAGCUUCUGGCUUAUUUAUUCAACAGUUAACAUUAAGAGUUGUGAAUCAACUUAUCAUUAUUAUCAUUCCAAUAUUUUAUAUUUAUAAUUUAAGCUCAUCUGAUGAUAGAAUCGACUGUUUACUUAUAAUUAUUCAACUAAAGUGGUAUUUUUUUUAAUACGAAACGGGUUGUAAAAAUGAACUAAAAACACAUAUUUAUAUCAUGAAUAAAUACAUUUAAAACAAAGGACUG